ACAGACUGUGCUGUGAUGCGGCGAGUGUAAAUAAAUAAAAUUAAAUAAAUUAAUAGUAGCGGUUUUCUGGUGAAAAUGUAUCAAAGAUUAACUAAGGAUGCCCGUGACAUGUCUAUGAAUUCUAAACUGGUGCUAUAAUAAACAUUGUCAUAAGAAAAGAAACUGGUUUCAAUUAUGGCAGUCAUUAAAUGGAGGUUGAAGUGGCGAGAAAUCUUCCCAAGAAUAAGGGAUUAUUUUGGGUGCAAGUACGCUCAACUGGCACUGACGGCUCGCUCUCUGACGUAUAAUGAACACAUGAGCCAAAGCUAUGCUGUAGAUUUUAUGUUAGAACCUAUAUUUUGGUUUGUUGACAAUUUUGCCAGUUAUUUGGGAAGAGUGUUUGUGUUCUGUGUAACAGUACUGACCACUGCCGUUGUGGCCAUAGCAUACUGGGUCGGGCUUCCAUACUGGUGGCAAAAAUCUCCAUACACUACUGUAUUCCUGGUCAUCUUUGGCAACUGGCUUUUGCUCAAUAUUAUUUUCCAUUACUAUAUGGGUGUGGCUACGUCUCCAGGAUAUCCUCCGCAUGGUUCAAUGAUAGCAGAAGCUGCUAGUAUCUGCAAGAAAUGUAUAUCUCCGAAGCCGCCUCGGACGCACCACUGCUCGGUGUGCGACCGCUGCGUGCUGGCCAUGGACCACCACUGUCCGUGGCUCAACAACUGCGUGGGAUACUACAACGCGCGCUACUUCUAUCUGUACAUGGCGUAUAUGGUAGCGGGCGUCACGUUUGUUAUUUUUGCCGGUAUCGAUAUAGGAUACCAAGUCAUAUGGGUGAAUGACACGGGUGGAAUCAUACCACACAACGACCCUGACCUCGUCGGGCACCCGGUCCGGAUGAACCAGAGCGGAGUGUUAGUACCAGUUAAAGUCAUAGUCGAGUACGACUCCAUCAACUCGCCGCGCGAACACGAGCUGCCCGUGCCGCCCAUAACCGAGACGCAGCGCAUCGCCGCGCACCCCUGGAAGAGGAAAGCUGUCAUAUUCAUGGCCUUCACCUGUGUGUCUGUAUUAUUCGCUCUAGGAACAUUAGUUAUCAUGCACGGAAAAAACGUGGGCAGGGGCGAGACGAGCGUGGAAGCUCAUAUCAACGCGUCCCUAAGAAAAACGCAGGCUGACUCGUUUAGGAACCCUUACGAUUUUGGGCGGAGGAAAAAUUGGAAGUUGUUCCUCGGGCUGACGCAGGGCCGGACGUUCGCGCGGCACGUCCUGCUGCCGUCGCGGCACGCGCCCGCUGGCUCGGGGCUCACGUGGCACACCGUGCACGACACAGCAGAAGACUGGCCGUGAAAGGCAUAUAUCCAUUCACUGAUUGGUCUCAACUAGACUGCAUAAAACCUUCCUCGUAAUUCAAUACGAAACCACUAGUAGCAGAUAAUUUGUAAAAUAUUGCUUCCAAUCCAACUUUACGUGUUUAACUAAAUGAAAAAUCUAAAAUAGAACCGUAAUUUAGUUGUCAGGAGUGGUGACUCCUGAUGAUAAUAAAAAAAACAUUUGCAAAGCUAUUUCAGGUAUAUGUAAUGUGCGGCUUGUGUGCCUAGUGUCGUCAAUCAUUAUGUAGUUUAGAGAUUCAGACUGUUAGUUGGAUCGAUGUACUGAAAAAUUUAGAUAUUGACGACAAUUUUUGUAGAUAUAAGGUAAAAUAACAGACAGUCCUUAGUUUUAUACAUUGUGGCCUAGAAAAAAGUAAACUUCGAGUGUAGACUCCAUACAGCGUUCUCCUUGUUUGCGUUAUGAUAAAACGUGUGAGCCACUUAGCCCUUUUUCAGGCCGCAGCAAUCCGGAAGGUUUAUCAAUAAAACUGGAAACAUUAUGUUCCGAUUAUAACGAAAAUAAAAUAUGAUAGCAAGAAAACGUAAUUGCUAACGUGUAUGUGGUCGAUAAAUGGUUACAUGCAGAAAGAGGGUCGAAUCCAUACUAUACUAUACAUACUACUAAUACUACUAAUAUUAUAAAUGGGAAAGUGUGUGUGUGUCUGUUUGUUUGUCCGUCUUUCACGGCCAAACGGAGCGACGAAUUGACGUGAUUUUUUUAAAGUGGAGAUGGUGUGGGAUGUUGAGUGACAUAGGCUACUUUUUGUCUCUUUCUAACGCGUGCGAAGCCGCGGGCAAAAGCUAGUUUAUUAUAAAUGAGUACUUACUGUAUAAUAUGUAUGGAGUGCAUUACUGUAAGCUUACUUAUUUCUUCUCAAUUUGCUGAAAUAAGUAUUUAAAAUA